CCUUCCGCCAUCCUUCUCUCUCCGGCACCGGGAGUAGACGGACUCCACAAGACAUCAACAUGCUGUCAGUUCGUGUCGCAGCGGCUCUUGCCCGUAACCUUCCUCGAAGGGCUGGAUUUGUUUCCAAGAAUGUUGCUGCUGCAUGUGUUGGAGUCAAGAAUCUACACACCAACCGCCCAUGUCUCCAAAAGACAGGCACUGCUGAGGUAUCGUCCAUUCUGGAGGAGAAGAUCAUGGGAGUUGAUACCAGCUCGGAUUUGGAGGAGACUGGCCGUGUGCUGUCCAUUGGUGAUGGUAUUGCCAGAGUGUACGGUCUUAGGAACGUGCAGGCUGAGGAGAUGGUGGAGUUCUCCUCUGGUCUGAAGGGUAUGUCUUUAAACUUGGAGCCCGACAACGUUGGUGUUGUGGUGUUUGGUAAUGACAAGCUGAUCAAAGAGGGUGACAUUGUGAAAAGAACAGGUGCCAUUGUAGAUGUACCUGUUGGUGAAGAGCUCCUGGGCAGAGUCGUUGAUGCUCUGGGAAAUGCCAUCGAUGGAAAGGGCCCUCUUGGCUCUAAGACCCGCAGACGUGUGGGUCUGAAGGCUCCCGGUAUCAUCCCUCGAAUCUCUGUGAGGGAGCCUAUGCAGACUGGCAUCAAAGCUGUGGACAGUUUGGUACCUAUUGGUCGUGGACAGCGUGAGCUCAUCAUUGGAGACAGGCAGACUGGAAAAACUGCCAUUGCUAUAGACACAAUCAUCAAUCAGAAACGCUUCAACGAUGGAACUGAUGAGAAGAAGAAGCUGUAUUGCAUCUACGUUGCUAUUGGCCAGAAGAGGUCCACAGUGGCUCAGCUGGUGAAGAGGCUGACUGAUGCUGAUGCCAUGAAGUACACCAUUGUGGUGUCUGCUACUGCCUCUGAUGCUGCUCCUCUGCAGUACCUGGCUCCCUACUCUGGCUGCUCCAUGGGAGAGUAUUUCAGAGACAACGGCAAGCAUGCCCUGAUCAUCUAUGACGAUCUCUCCAAGCAGGCUGUCGCCUACCGUCAGAUGUCCCUGCUGCUGCGUCGUCCACCCGGUCGUGAGGCUUACCCAGGAGACGUGUUCUACCUGCAUUCCCGUCUGCUGGAGAGGGCUGCUAAGAUGAAUGACAACUUCGGUGGUGGCUCCCUGACAGCCCUCCCUGUUAUUGAGACACAGGCUGGUGACGUGUCAGCCUACAUUCCUACUAAUGUCAUCUCCAUCACAGAUGGACAGAUCUUCUUGGAGACUGAGCUAUUCUACAAGGGUAUUCGUCCAGCCAUCAAUGUUGGUCUGUCUGUGUCACGUGUCGGAUCUGCUGCCCAGACCAGAGCUAUGAAGCAGGUGGCUGGAACCAUGAAGUUGGAGCUGGCUCAGUACCGUGAGGUGGCUGCCUUCGCCCAGUUCGGCUCUGAUUUGGAUGCUGCCACUCAGCAGCUGCUGAACCGUGGUGUUCGUCUGACUGAGCUCCUCAAACAGGGACAGUACUCUCCAAUGGCUAUUGAAGAGCAAGUAGCAGUUAUCUAUGCUGGUGUGAGGGGACACUUGGACAAAAUGGAGCCAAGCAAGAUCACCAAAUUUGAGAAGGUGUUUCUGCAGCACAUACUGAGUCAGCAUCAAGACCUGCUGGCAGCUAUUAGGGCUGAUGGUAAAAUCUCAGAGGCAUCUGAUGCUAAACUCAAGCAGAUUGUGUUGAAUUUCCUCUCCAGCUUUGAGUAAAAGUGGUGCUUUUGGGUCUGGUUGUUUUAUUUGCAUAGUGGAGCAUCAGUUGUACUUUCCAUGGACUUAAAAAAAAUUCAAGUUGUACUUGAUCUUUAAUGUACAGAUAUCUCUUAACGGAGAAUAAAAUAUUCCAUACACUUGA